CCACGGAUGGCUCAAAGAUUAGUGGGUGGCUUGCUCUGUCCAAUUCACUGCUAGUAGUGCCGUAAACGGAGCGCGCGCUAGCCGAAUUCCCUGGGCAGAGGUGCAGCAAGCUGAUGUUGCGGGAGGUGGUUAUAUGCACUCGCUAACACAAUGGAUUUCAAUGUGAAAAAACUGGCUUCUGAUGCAGGAGUCUUUUUCACACGCGCUGUGCAGUUCACAGAGGAGAAGCUGGGCCAGGCUGAGAAGACCGAGCUCGACGCCCAUUUUGAGAACCUGCUUGCUCGGGCUGACUGCACCAAGAACUGGACCGAGAAGAUUUUUCGGCAGACGGAGGUCCUCCUGCAGCCCAACCCGAUUGAUCACACCGGUGCUCGGAUCGAGGAGUUCCUCUUUGAGAAACUGGACAGGAAGGUCCCCUCCAGGACCACCAAUGGGGAGCUGCUCGGACAGUACAUGCUGGAUGCGGCCAAGGAUUUUGGGCCUGGGACCCCGUACGGAAGUACCCUGAUCAAGGUCGGGGAAUGCCAGAGACGACUAGGGGGGGGCGAGCGCGAGUUCAUGCAGACCUCGGCCAUCAACUUCCUCACCCCGCUCCGCAACUUCCUGGACGGCGACUGGAGGACCAUCUCCAAAGAGAGACGUCUCCUGGAGAAUCGCCGGCUGGACCUGGACGCCUGCAAAGCGCGUUUGAAGAAAGCCAAGCUUGCCGAGGCCAAAGCAGCGUAUGAGGGAGAAGCUGCGCCCAAUUUUCAGGAGACUAGACCACGUAAUUACGUACUGUCCGCCAGCGCAUCCGCGCUCUGGAGUGAGGAGGUGGACAAAGCGGAGCACGAGCUGCGCGUGGCUCAGACGGAGUUCGACCGGCAGGCCGAGGUCACGCGGCUGCUGCUGGAGGGCAUCAGCAGCACACACGUAAACCACCUGCGCUGUCUGCAUGAGUUUGUGGAGGCUCAGGCCAUCUACUACAACCAGUGCCACCAGUACAUGAUGGAUCUGCAGAAAGAGCUGGGCAGUUCGGAUGGAGAUGUGUACCCCAAUGCAUUCACUGUGAAUCCCGCCCCCUCCUCCAGCGCCUCCCCCUCGACAGCGGCCACCCUGCCCGUGGUGCCCAUCGCGGGGGCGGUCUCCACCAGCUCCCCGGAGGCGGACACGCUGAAGAUCGAGGAGGUGCAGCCCCCCGCCACCGGCACCCGCAAGGCCAAGGUCCUGUACGACUAUGACGCCGCGGACACCAGCGAGAUGUCCCUGCUGGCAGACGAGCUCAUCACGGUGUACACCGUGCCAGGCAUGGAUCCUGAUUGGUUGGUUGGAGAGAGGGGCAACCAGAAGGGCAAGGUGCCCGUUACAUACCUGGAGCUGCUGAGCUAAAGAGGACGGAACAGAGCGGAUCGUGACAUGACGGACAGACCCACGCACUGGCACAUGCAUUUGCGCGUACACACUCGUUCAGACUUCCGCUUUCUGAAAAUUUCCUCCAUCAUGCAAAUGCACACACUGAAACAAUCAAACAUGUGCACAUAAACACUUACACUUGACUUAGAAGAAAUAAACAGAUGCUAAAUAAAUGCACACCACUGACAGUAGGGAACAGCAAGAUAAAUGCAACCCACACAUGUGAACAUGGAGAUGCAAAAUAGGUGUUUACAUAAUCUGAAUUACCCCACGGCUUUCUUUGCCUGGGUUUUUUUCUUCUUUGCUUUGUUUUUUGUUUUGAUUUACUCCUAAAGUCAGUCAGGAACAGGUUAAAUGUUGAGGUCACCUGAGCACUUCCUGUGGACCUGAGGACCCCUGUGUUGGUCGUAUAGAUGAUGCGCCAUUUAUGCCUCCAGAUCAAUCCUUCCUGUGUCACGGGAGUGAUGGCAACAGCCUCCCAAAAACUUUGCUUGCUUCCCCUGGCUUUACCUCUGUCAGUAAGAAACACAGUCUGUAGUACUCACCAUUCAGAAAUUCCAAGCCUGCUAUGUUUUAGCCUGUUUAUUUUUUAAAUGCCCUUCAUUUUGUUUAGUACUUUUUAAAAAAUUCUUUCAGUUUUCAAAAAAAAUUUCUGUAUUUUUUUUUACCCAUUAGAAAGGCGAACACUUCUGCUGUGAUUCCUCACCGGCUGACUUGCCUUAACGUUACAGGACAGGAUUGUGCAACAUUUGUAAUCCCAUAGAAAGUAAUCCCCCUUAAAUGCCGUGAGGUCAUUGCUUUGCUUACAGUAACGAUGCCAUGGUGAAAUAUUGAGGCUGAAGCUCUGUGUGCUCUGGCAGCUGUCAGAUGUCCCAUGCUCCCUUGUGUCUGUGUCGGUGCGUAAAUGCAUGCGUUUACCAACCUGAAUAUGCCACAGUACUUCCACCCCCACCCCCUUUUGUCUGUUAAGUGUGAUAUUGCAAAAGCAUGAUGUGUUCUUUCGACGCCGUGCACUUUCGCAGUCUAGUACUGAAACAGCAUUGGACAGCUCUCUCUGCAACUGUGAGCGUGCAUUUUAUUGUGUAAGCCCCACAGUCAAAAAGCUGUGCAGUAUUAACAAGGGCAUCUCAUGUUUGGCUGUGGUUAGGAAUAAUUUUGUCCAGGUCCAAAAUACGGCACUAAAUGUGCACAAAGCCAUAACUAAGGAAAGAAAGGUAUGAGGAUACUGUUUUGUAAACAUAUGUGAAGAGCCAGAAUGAAGUACUUUUUGGGCUGUCCAGCCAAUGGAGGUGUGUGGCUGUGUGACCUCAUUUUCAGUGUGGUGUUUUUUUUUUUCCCCCAGAGCUGUCAUAAGGUGCAUAAUCUUUCACAGCUGCAUCAGCACUUUGAGGAGUGUAGUUCUUUCUUUCAUUUUUCAGUGUCAUUCAUUAAAAAAUGGUCACAGUGUCUUGGACUGACUCCACCAUAUAUAAAUGCAGUGACUCAGUACACACCAGAACGCUGCAUAUAAAAACUGUGUUUCGGUCUAUGAAAAAUUUACGAAUUGUAAAUUUAUUAUUGGAGUUCUGUGAAUGAACCUUUUGUGAAAGAAUGUGUAACAUCCUUAAGUGGUUGGAGAAGAUUUCAGUUUUUAGGCAUGCUUAUCUGUUAACGUAAAAUUUUAUUUAAGAUUCUGAUGUGUGUACAUUCAUACAGCAUAUUUAAGCAUAUUGUGAUAAUAUAUGUAUGUUUUUUUGGGCUGUUAUUCUGUGGUUGUAUUCCCAUAUUUCACUGGUUCAUUGUGCCCCUUCAUUCUUUUAACAUUGUUAUUUUUUCUCAUCUCAGUCUGUGCAUAGCAAGGAACGGGUUACUGACUGCUGAAAAAAUGUAUUCACCUGCACCAAAUAUUUCUCCUGUCUUUAUAUUGCUGUGGAUGUAUUUGAUGUCAUUUUUUGUUGUUGUUGAGGUGUUGAUGCUGUGUGUGUGUGUGUGUGUGUGUGUGUGUGUGUGUGCGCGCGCGCGCGCGCAUGUGUGUGUGUGCUUAAGCGUGUAUGUAAAGGCUUGAUCCCUGAAAUGUAUUAAUUUUUUUGAAGAGUAACUCUUUGUAACUUCUGUCUUUCAUCUUUGGCUUUCAUAUUUUGUAUCCCUGCCCCCCUUUUUUUAAAGUUGUAUAGUUUAAGCUGAGCAGAGACGGGCGGCUCACCCAGUCUGUCUCCGGGGCUACACCACUCUCACCUUGUCUCUUGUGUUCUUGUCACACCACUUUUUUCCCCCCUCAGUGUAUUUAUUGCCUGCUCCAAAAACCGUGUAUAAUGAAUGAGUAAAACUUGAACAUAAUAAAAAGUUAGCUUUAUUGAGA